AAUGUCAAUGUCAAGUCACUGAAAGUGAAAAGUAAAGUCGUGUAAAUCCGGGAAAGAAUAAAAAAAAAACAAGUAAAAUAAAAAUUUAAAUAGUAAAAAUGAUUAAUGAUGAAAAAUCUAAACAGAGAUUUCAGUGAGAUUCUAAUUUAGCAUUAUCAUUGAUGAUAAUUCAUAUAGGAAAAAGAACAGUUAAACGAACUAUUAACAAUGCCUGUAUAUUAUAAAUGGACAUCCGAAACAAAACAAAAACGCAAGCAUGACUAUCCCAGUUUGGAAAUCAGCAAUCAUCCACUGAAAAUUGAAGUUUAUAAUGUGAAACUCAGUGCUAACAAAAGCUUUUUAGAAAGCCUUCAGAAAUGGAGUUCUCCAUUUGAGGAAUUGGAUCCAUUACUGAGAUUUGAACAACUGAAUGUAGAAAAUGAUUUAGGUCCAGAUGAGAAGAUUGAAAACACAAUCAAUUAUCCUAAAGUUUGGAAUGCAAAACGCACUGCAAUAUUAAACAAGUAUACAACAGGAGAAAAAUUAACCAUAGUUAGUAGCUUUUUACCAGGAGGCGAAAAAAUUAGUUCCUUUUCAGCUCUUUUAAGACAGGUAUCAAACCUAAAUGAGAAAGUUAAAAACAGAUUGGAACAGUUGGAUGAUUUUGAUGAGUCGUCUGUCAGAAAGACAAUGGGCUUGAGUCAGCAGGAAUUUGUCACAAAAAUUCAUAUGCUUGAUGACGAAAUCAAAAAGGCUUGGGAUACAGAACAACGAGUCAAAGCUUUCAAAAUUGCAAUACAAUGCUCUAAACUGCUAUCUGACAUAAAUGUAAUGCAGUUUUAUCCUAGUAAAUUUGUUCUUAUAAGUGAUGUGCUUGGCAAUUUCGGUGCUUUAGUCUAUGAUCGUCUCAAAAAGAAGAGCUUUGGAAAUGUGGAUAUAAAAUUUCAAGACAUAGAUUCAUAUAAUGUCCCCGAGUCAGCUAGAGAAACAUGUCAAAACUGGAUGUUCAAAAUGGCAUCAAUCCGAGAGCUGCUGCCUCGACUGUACAUGGAAAUGUCCUUACUCAAGUGUUACACAUUUAUUUCAAAGAGUGAAAUAAAACCUGCAAUUGAAAGACUGACAAAAAUGAUAAGAGGUAUCGGAAACCCCCUUGUAGCCAUAUAUGUUAGGGUGUAUUUAUGCAAUGUGGCAUCAAGUCUAUUUGGAAAAGAGAGUGAAUGCUAUUUCAAUGAUAAUUUGAAAGAAUUCCUUGAAGAAUAUCAACAAAUAAUUUGCCCAAAUAUGGCUAAAAAAUUCGGAACACAGCUAUUGACAGCUGACCAAUAUCUCAGUCUCUACAUUCCUGCCGUGGAUUGGCUUCUCUAUGGUACAUUGAAUUAUACAAAAUGUAAAGACACCCUUUUAGAAGAAAUGCUAGAGAAGUGUGAUACCACAGAAAACAGUGAAUUGUUGCUUUGCUGUUGUGUAUCAGGUUUUGAUUCUACAAGCAUUAUAAAACAAUCUACAGCUAUUAUGGAUAUUAUACGCAAUCAGAGUGAUCAUAUGGUGCUACUGAGCCAAAUAUUGUCAUCUGUCGGCGAGCAUCUUUGCCAUGCAGAGAACUAUUGCCAGUUGCCUUCGGAAGCUUUAAGCCAAUGCUGGUGGAAAAUUGCGACCAAUAUGAAAUCAACAGAAAACUUCCUACAAGUGUUGGAGCCCUGGUUACAAUUUGCCUGCAAUCAGUUAUCGUCUCAGCACAUCAACAUGAUUCUACGCGGCACGAUACGAUAUAUGAUUAAAUGCGGUAAGCCGGCGGAGGACUAUUGUUCGCAGAUACAGUCUGUUAUAAAAAGAAUGUUGAAGUCCAUACCUGAUGUCGAAGAGCUUUUUCUUAUGGAUGCUUUUAUGCCUCUGGUGGAAUUAGCGCAGACAUCUAAUGCUCGUACUGCAAUGGCUAAAACAGUUUUGACUAUAUUUUUCGAAAGAUACAACGCAGUUGAAAUAGAGGACCACAUUAUAAUUUCAAGUCUGAUGAGGCUGUGUUGUAUACUACACGACUCUAUUAACGCAGUGACAGUUGAGGAUGAGAACAAAGUGUGCGCUGAGCUGAUUAACAAAUUCAUACAUGCAGUUUCCUACUAUGAUGAUUUAGAGCAACAGUUGAACUUUUACGUCGAGUGCAGAUCUGCCUUCAUCAAACUUGACUCUGUACUUAUAGCACUGGUACACGCGGUGAACGCACUAGCGGUGCGCGCGGACGAGUCGCGCGGGCGCUGGCUGCAGCGCGCGUGCGCCGCGUACGUGUUCGUGACGGUGCCGUCGCUGCAGUGCCCGCUGGCGCGCGCGCAGCUCUACCUGCUGGGCGGACAGGCGGCGCUGCUCACCGGCUGCAUUGGCCAGGCUGAAGCAAAUUUAAAAACUCUAGUGAGUCUAAUACCGGAAAUUCCGCAAUUCGUUCAAGAGGACGGUCAAAACAAACCUACUCACGAUAGAGUGGUCGGACUGCUCAGUAAUUUCCUGUCCACUCUCCUAAUAUUGCCGGACAACAUGGACAGCAAUAGUAAGGCUUAUAUACUGAGCGGAUUUAUAAAGACUAUGGAGAGAAUACAUUGGAAAAAAACUGAUCCACUUUACUACACUUUACUUCUUCGAAGUUUAGAUCUUCUUUGUGAAAUGACACAGGAAUCAUAUGCCUAUCACAUAGAUGGUGUUCUAUCAAAUGACGAGUUAUAUGGCUCUGAAGAAGAGUUCAUUGAAACAAUUGAAAGCCACGCCACAAACAUUUGCCAAGAGCUGUUAGUAGUUCUAAAAAGCCUCGGAGACGCCAAAGAAACAAAAAAGCAAUACAAUUUGGCGUUGGAAUUGUUUUGGCGUAUAGUGAGGCGAGGCAAGCUUAAAGACAGCUCUAUGACAUCUCUAGCGACUAAUCUAUGGGCAUUGGCACAGAAAAUACAAGACUCUAACAAUAAGUUCGCAGUGAGUAUCUAAAGCAUUAUUAUCAGUAUUGGAAAAGGAUUCAAGUGAGGCGGGUCGACGGCUACUGACUAAAAUAAACACAAGCUAAGAAAUCAUCAAUGUUACGUCUUUACAUUGAAUAUAUUUUGUCGGUUCUGCUUGUACGAAGCAUGCGUUUUGCAGUUUGGUCAGAUUUUUGGAAAAUAGCAAAAUAAUUUUGUUAUUUAUUGUACAAUGUGAACGCCACUAAUACUUGCCUACUUAUUGUGAAUUGUUCGGUUCAUUCUAUAUUAUAUACAAUAAUUAUAUGAAUUUUUUUUGUAUUCCCGUCAGUUUGAAAAUAGUUUUUAAAAAAUACCUAUUUAGUAAACUUUAAUUGUAACAAUAUUUAUAUUUCUGAAGUAUAACUAAGCUUAUAAUAAAAUUAUUUAAAUGAAAACUCA